GGACCAGCGCCGAGCGGAGGUUCUUCAAUGUCGUACUUGAGGAGAUCCGGUGGUAGCUCCACGUCCCGGGUGAGAGAUGGAACGUAACAGAGUUGUGGCCCCGACUCCCGCCCUGCUGAUGUCCGCCACGCUUCUGUCUGCUCCCUUGGUCGCCAUCUUUUCGUAGAGAAGAGGUUGGGACAAGCGUGGAACCCCCAAUAUGUCUGCCACAGAUCUUCUAACGUUGUCAUCCAACCCAACAAUUUUAUGACCUGGGUCCUUCGCGUUGACUUGGAUAUUCUUCUGUUUCUCUCUCUUUUUUUUUUUUUUUUUUUUAACUUGUUUUUCGAUUUGAUACGAAAUCGACCCCUUUGGGGUAAAAUUUCUUUUUUGCCCCAUUUUUUUCCUUUUUUUCAAAGCUGCAUUUUCUUCUGGAAGUUUUCUUGAUUUUUUUUUGUUUCUGGGCUCGAGGAUUUCUGUAAUCUUGCUGCAUUUUUCCCUCAUGGCGCCAGAUCUUCGAGCCCCACUGAUGCUGUGGCUCCUGGCCGCAUGUCCUGCGGUCGGGCAGAAAGUGGACGAGAAAUAUCCAGUGGUGAACACUAACUAUGGGAAGCUUCGAGGAGUAAAGAAGGAUCUAAACAACGAGAUAUUGGGCCCGGUUGUGCAGUAUUUAGGCAUUCCUUAUGCCACCCCUCCUAUAGGAGAAAGGAGAUUCCAGCCUCCCGAGGCUCCGGCGUCUUGGACCGAGAUACGGAACGCUACGAACUUUGCCUCUGUGUGUCCACAGAACCUCCACGGGAUGUUACCAGGGAUCAUGCUGCCUUUAUGGUUCACCGAAAACAUGGACGUUGUGGCAGGAUACGUACAAAACCAGAGCGAAGAUUGUCUGUACCUCAACAUCUACGUCCCCCUGGAAGACGGUCCCCUUUCCAAAUCUCGGGAGGACUCCAGAAAGUCUCAGCACACUGCAGAUGAAGAUAUCCGUGACAGUGGGAAGAAGCCGGUCAUGAUGUUUAUCCACGGCGGAUCCUACAUGGACGGCACCGGGAACAUGUUUGACGGUAGUGUCCUGGCCGCCUAUGGCAAUGUGAUUGUGGUCACUAUGAACUACAGACUGGGAGUCCUCGGUUUCCUAAGUACUGGAGACCCGGCGGCCAAAGGUAAUUACGGUCUCCUCGACCAGAUUCAAGCCUUGCGUUGGCUAGAAGAAAACAUUGGCCAUUUUGGAGGAGACGCGGAACGAAUCACCAUCUUUGGCUCCGGGGCUGGAGCUUCGUGUGUCAGCCUCCCCUACGUCUUUGGGGUUCCCAUGGUCGGAGCCACUGAUCUUUUCCCGUGCAACUUCUCCAAAAACGACGUCAUGCUAAGUGCGGUGGUCAUGACUUACUGGACCAACUUUGCUAAAACUGGGGAUCCAAACCAACCCGUUCCUCAAGACACUAAGUUCAUCCAUACAAAACCCAAUCGGUUUGAAGAGGUGGUCUGGGCAAAGUUUAAUCCAAAGGAGAAGCAGUAUCUACACAUAGGCCUAAAGCCUCGUGUCAAGGACAACUACCGUGCCAACAAGGUCGCUUUCUGGUUGGAAUUAGUUCCUCACCUCCACAACCUCAAUACCGUCCAGCACCCAUCGACCACCACCAGAUUACCGCCCUACAGCACUCGCUGGACACCCGGUUCCAGGCCAAACAGUGGAAGUACCACAAGACGCCCACAUGCCACGCUUCCUCCCGAAGGGGAUGACGAUGAGAUGGUAGAGAGGCCACGAUUUUCUCCCUUUCCCGGUGACUCUCGUGACUAUUCGACCGAGCUGAGCGUGACGGUAGCUGUGGGAGCCUCAUUGCUCUUUCUCAACAUCUUGGCUUUUGCUGCACUUUACUACAAAAGAGAUAGACGCCAUGAACUGCGGCAGCGGAGACACAGUCCCGGACGAGGAGGGGCCCCUGGCAAUGACCUGGCACACCAUGGACCAGAGGAAGAGCUUAUGUCCCUUCAGAUCAAAAGAGGUGGAGGGGCUCCAGAUCUUGAACCACUGAGACCCCAUGAUAUACUGCGGCCCGCUUGCCCUCCCGACUAUACUUUGGCACUGAGAAGAGCCCCUGAGGACGCUCCACUCCCUCCACCACCUCCACCUCCUUCCUCUGUCAUGGCUCCAAAUACCAUUUCGGGGCUAGCCUCAUUACAUCCCUUCAAUACAUUCCCCACCACUGCCCACAACAAUACCCUUCCUCACCCGCAUUCAACCACAAGGGUAUAGUGGUUCUAGACAUCUCUCCCUCAACCCACUUGCUGCCCCGUCUCCCCCUUCCUGUUAUGAACAGCUAUGCUGGCUUUUUGGGCCUACCAAGCCUGAGCUGGAUUUUGCCUUAUGGCAGGGGAUGGGGUAGAUACAAAGACUUGUUUAUAAUGAGGGAGCGAGAGAAGAACUACCCAAGCUCCCCGUGCCCCUCCGUGUCCUCCUCAGGCUAUAAACUGCUCCUAGUGAUCAACCAUCAGGUCCACCGAACCUGGACUGGAAUCUCUGCCUAUGUCGUGGGGGAAACAGGGUCAAACAGAGGGGCAGUUAUUUAAUGGGAUUGUAGGGGAAGAUAAAAAGUGUUUUGAUCAAAUAAAUUAUACCCCCUGCUUCUCUUUUUAGAAAGGGAUGGGGGGGUCAGCUACAGGAGGAACGGCGGUCUAGAUGAUUAGGCCAAAACCCUCCAGUGACUCACUUCUACACCGGCUUUAUUAUUUUUAUUCAUGGACAAUGUUCAUUUGAUGGGGACGUUACACCGGGUGGGGGCAUCACAGAUACCCUUAGUCUGGUGUGUUCAAUGCACUGAAUCUUCAAGGACUAAACUGCUCCCCAAUUACCAUCACAGGAAGAAGGGGCGUCCCUCGACAAGAGAAGAGGGCAAGGGGUGAAUGUAUUAGGGAGGGGUGAAUGCAUGAGAGGCCAAAUUGAAGCCCCUUCCUCGUAACACACACAGUGCCAAUGAUCCCUUCCUCCUCGCAGACUAGGUGGGCCGGCUCGUCAGUAACUUGGGGGUGUCUGGAAGCAUUCUGCCUCUCCACUGCCAUAGUCCCAGGGUGCCUGGGUAGAAAAACAAGAGGGGAAGGGAACUGUAAGUGUGCCAAAAUAAGAGAGGGGGUUUUUAUGUGACGGAUCGGUAUCUUUUACUCCAAUAUUAUGUUUGUUCUGAUUGUUCUCAAUUCUUCUCUGCUCCGUUUUCUCUCUUAUCGCCCCCAAUUAUUUUACAUCUGCCAAGAUCAGCCCCCUCCGAUUCGCUACCCAUCUUUUUCUCCUCUCUACCAACUCUUCCUCCACAAAACCAGGCACGAGGUUUGUAACCAGAAGCACAUUGAGACCUCACGUUCCCUGCGCGGAUUCGGGUCCGAUAAACGACGAGAUGGAAGAUCGCAGCAGUCAGUGACCAGACGGUUACGGGAGAAAUAGUAGGAAAAAGGCGGUCUUGGAGGCGCUGCUCAGGGGUGUUCACAGGCCGGCACAGGACAAUAAAUAUAUAUAUUAUUUGGCAAUACGGGCAACGCAUUUCGGCACUUACAAAGUGCCUUCCUCAGGUCCAAUUAGACUGUACACUUCUAGUAGUUGGUGCUGUGAGAGUGUACUGGUGGGGAUCCUGCUUAGUAUUGGUGCCGGCGUUGACCACAUGGACCUUUGUAAGUGCCGAAAUGCGUUGCCCAUAUUGCCAAAUAAAAUAUUUAUUGUCCUGUGCCGGCCUGAGUCUGUCUUACUGUGAACACCCCUGAGCAGCGCCUCCAAGACCGCCUUUUUCCUACUAUUUCUCGCAUUUCUACGCUGGUCCCCCAUUGGGAGUCCAGAAUCGGUCCGAGUGCAGCAGCCCUAUUUCUACACAUCUCAUUGUACCCUGACAACCACGACCGCCAAAAAGCCGUGGAUCAGAACUUCAUCACCCUAUAGGUGAGUAUAUCACUUAGGUGUGGUGGAGGGAUCACACCGAGUCGAUAUACACUACAAGAGAGUGCCCCUGUCUCUUUUUCCAUCUCUCCCAACCUCGUCCAGACGGUUACGGGGAACAAGCAGACAGAUUCAGGCAGAUCCUGCGGGGUUAGAAUAACCUUAAGAUUUCUAUACGGGAAAGAUAUCUACACUUGAAACGGUUCCUGCAAGUUACAGCAUCAGUGACUUAAAGGGGUCUUCCGCCCCUAGACAUCUUUUCCCCUAUCCAAAGGAUAGGGGAUAAGAUGUCUGAUCGCGCAGGUCCUGCUGCUAAGGAGAUCUCCAUGUUGCACCGGCAUUGGUUUAGAGCGGCGGGAACAGUGCCGGAGGCUCUUGACGUCACAGCCACACCCCGCUUGUGGCAUCAUGGCCACUCCCCCUUAUUGCAAGAAUCUCAUUGAGGAAGCGUGGCCGUGACGUCGCGCGCUGAGGGGGGGGGUGACGUCACGAGCCUCCGCAUCGCCAGUCAUCUGGCACGGAGUGAAGUUCUCUCCGUGAACUGGAUGUCUGGGGUGCCGCAGUCGAGAUCGGCGGGACCCCCACUAUCAGACAUCUUAUCCCCUAUCCUUUGGAUAGGGGAUAAGUUGUCUAAGGGCGGAGUACCCCUUUAAUGGGAUCAAUCGGGGAAUAUUAUCGCCCCGAGGAUCCACGAAUAAAAGAUCUCUUUCUUUCAUCCAAUGAUUGGCCAACAUUUCCAACACAGUUGACUUCUUCUCAGACCAUGGCUGUCUAUCAUUGGUCGGCUAAAUUGUUGUAUUCCACCCAAUGAACAAUCAUUUUGUUUAAUCUAUAUGGCCACCCUAAAGGUAAUAGAAAUCUGUUGGCCAAACCCAACUUAUUUGGCAGCCACGCCAACCAUCUUAUGUGUAUGGGGGCCUCCCAAUUCUUCUCUGACUGAUUAUAUCAGAAGGAUCGAGCAAUUGGAACCGUCCAACCCUUUUGUUUUUGGGAACAUGACGGGCAUUUGGCAAUGGCUUACCCAAUCCCACUGUCUACUACAAACACAUGAACACUAGGCCGAUAUGAGUCGAUCAACUGAACAGCUCUCGGCCCUAUCCACCUUUCCCCACAAAUCUGCACCAUACAUGUUCCAUCGUGGGCCAUUCAUUGACCGUGUAGACCACCAUUCGUUUGGCCAUACACAGGCCAUCAUUUUCUAAGAUGAGGUAAAUACUAUCCUGGCAUUAUGUACUGAGGCAGUCACAUGACCAGGGCUUGACUAUCGUGGAGGACAAAGGGGACCUCCGCCUCCCAGUUCUAAAGCAUUUGCCAGAUCCUCGGGAAAGCUGUCCAUACAAUUUAGACGAACCCUCUCGACCCAAACAUCCAAGAGUGUGUGUACUCUAAAUGGGUAUGGGGGAGAAAGAUAUAAUUUUUUACUCAUUAAAAACAUUAGGAUCUUGCAUUGAAGGGGGGACAAGAAUCCGGAGGCCCCCAUACUCAUUAGGUGGUCGGACAAGUCAAACAAAAUGAGUGGGUUCUACUGAAGGCCCUUAAAGGGGUAUUCCUUCCUUAGACAUCUUAGGGGAUAAGAUGUCUGAUUGUGGGGGUCCCUCUGCUGGGGACCCCUGGGAUCUCCCUGCUGUACCCAGCAUUCAUUUAGAGCAGACCUGGGCAUUGUAUGGCCCGACAGACAGCGCGGGCCGGUCAGAGCCUAUCAAUGGGCCGUAUGUGGCCCGCGGGUCAUACAAUGCCCAGGUCUGGUUUAGAGUAUUGGGUGCAACGUCAGAGGUUUGUGACAUCACGGCUAAGCCCCGAUUGUGACGUCACGCCGCGCCCCCUCAAUGCAAGUCUAUGGAAGGGGCGUGAUGCCUCUCACACCCCUUCCCAUAGACCUGCAUUGAGGGGGCGUGGCCGUGACGUCAUGAUCGGGUUGUGACCGUGACAUCACAAGCCUCCGCUUCGCCAGUCAUCCGGCACGGAGCGAAGUUUGCUCCAUGCACCGGAUGUCUGGGGUGCCCCACGUCGGGACCCCCGCGAACAGACGUCUUAUCCCUUGUUCUUUGGAUAGGGGAUAAGGUGUCAAGGGUGGAGUACCCCUUUAAAUACGUUGAAAAUUCGACCGUGUAUGGCCAACUUUAGGCCUAAUGGUUCCUCCAACUACACACAACAGGGCAGCAGAGGCCAGAAGCUCCUUUUUCGAGAAAGGCCAGUGACCUUGAUGGACGGCCACCAUAGUAUGCGAAAUCGGUGAACUGGAUGGAGGCAGAUUGUCCUCUCCACAUAUAUAUCGAUGGUCGCCAUCUUGUCCUCUCUGGUAGGUGGUUUGGAGGAGAUACGAUGACUUGUUGGUGGCCCCGGUAUAGGAAACUCUGCUGUAACUUGCAGGAAAAUGUAACUCGACGCCAUUGGUCUCCAUAUCGUGGCCCCCCAGAUGCUGCAACGGUUUAUAGACCACAGCUCUAGUGAUGACGAACAAGACUACAACGUACGUGCAGUGGGCUGCUGUCCGGAACGGCGCACCAGAGAAGCCCCGCCCCUCACUGACCUUAAGAUUUAUAUUAUAUAGAGAUUGUUCUAUAAUUAAAAAGGGACAUAUGGAAUAUAAAUAUAUAUAAAGUAUAUAUGCACAGGAUGGUGCACACACAGAUGUGUGUAUAUGGACACACGCUAUAUACAUGCAUGUACAUAUAUAUAUGUGUGUAUAUAGAUAUAGAGGUCGGUGGCAUUGUACUCGCCAGCAGCAACAAAUCAAAGUACAAUGGCGCGGACCCCUACACAUUAUACCCGUGUGUAAAUAUACACGACACGAAGGCACAGGAGAUGCCUUAUUGCCUUUAUAGGUCCUGGCGCUGAAUCGGUUAACUACUGGCACUUUUUUUUUUUUUUUCGUUUUUUUUUUUUGUUUGUUUUUGGGAUCUUGG